CCGGAUUGCGCAUUUGGUACCUGGCAUGAUUGAUAGCACCUGUGCCCGGUGGCGGUGCGCGCGAAGUAGGUCAUCUGUGUGGACUCUGCAGCAGAGUGGAUCUUGGGAUCUGGCGCGAGUCGCGAUCUGCUGGGAACGUAUAUAUGCACCAUCCUGCUGCUUGGUGCGCUUCUGUGCUGUGGUUCUGCUGCCGAUACCCUGGUCCAUUUUUGAAGGUUACUCUACAGCAAGGAAGAAGAAGAAGUGCAGCACCCUUUGUCUCGUACCCUCCCACGCAGUGCAGUCCGAGCCUCCGAGCAACGUCUUCCAGCCUGGUGGUGCAUCUACUUGGGGCGCAGGUCUCUCUUCUGUCUUGUUGAUUGAGAUAGAGCUCUUUUGGCGUGCUCGUUCGUUUACAAUAAUACCUGCCUUACCGAAGGUACCUUACCUGUCCAUCACUCUGCUGCUCCGCUUCCUCGAGCGCGGCCGCUUCAAUCAAUAUCUGCGGCGGAAGUGUGCAUGCUUGUAUAUGCGUGCGCACGAGUUCUCUGGUCCAAGUCUCGGGAUAGGGCGACACAUAUCGUACCACGGGUCCAGGAGAACAGCAGCAACGGGAGCAUAACGAGCCCACUUCCUCUCAUUCCAGUGGCCGUUCGCUCGCUGGCCCUCGACCGCUAUCAGCACCGCAACCUGGGAUCGACCAACACUUUGACAGCACAGCACGACUCCCAUUUGCAGGAUAGCAGAGCACCAGACCAGGUCGUGGUGAUAGGUAUCGACAGGAACGAGUGCCCAUUGCCCCAGCUCCGCUCGCUCCGUUCCAGUCUCCCUAGCUUCUUCGGGCACAGACGAAAGCUUGCUGGCAAAGGCUAGGUUUGCGGAUUUCCCCAGGCCAGCGUGAAGAAAUGAUGGACCGGCAAGGGAGCGUGGCGACCGCGCCGUACUAUCACAACCACCAUCUCCAUCAUCACCACCACCACCACCAACAGCAACAACAACAACAUGCGCACCACCUGCAACACUAUCAGGAACAAGCAACCGCGCUGGCAUAUUGCCCCACCGUCCCGCUGUCAGUGCAGCAGCAGCAGCAGCAGCAGCAGCAGCAUCAGCAUUCCCAUCACGCUCAACAACAAGCUUCUGGACUUGCAGGGCAGCAAACACAGCUCUCGCUAGUGCCCGCUGGCGCUAUUUACCCACACUUCGGCCACCACCACCACUCUUCCACCCUCCCGCACCGCACCCGCCAUCCACUCCGCGCGGAGGCCCUUCAGCACACCAUGGCCUCUGAACCGAGCCACGCCAUGUCCGACGAGGAGCUCGCUGCCUUCCAACAGGCCAGCGAGAGCUACGAAGCCCCCAUCACCGGACCGUUAGUUGGACAGCGACAGCCGAGCACGGCUCUCACCAGCGAAUACGCCUCGGCAGACCCUGUAUACCAAGCGAAGACGCAGGCGCUGCCGCAGAAAUACUCCCACUACCGAACCGUGCGCGGCGAUGGCAAGUGUGGAUGGAGAGCUGUGGCAUUUGGCUACUAUGAAGCUCUCAUUCAUCAUGGCGACUUGAACCGCUUUGGCAUGGAGGAGGCUCGUCUCAAGUCCAUCGCUCCUCUACUGAUCCAGGCCGGCUUCGAGCCCAUGAUGAUGGAAGACUUUGCCGAUGCCGCCUACGAUUUGCUGCGAGAGAUCGCCAACGCCGCCGCCGAGGGUCUCGAUGCUCUCAGUCUCCUCCUGGAGCGCUUCAACGAUGAAAUGUUGCAAGACUACAUCAUCACCUACUUGAGGUCUCUCACCGCAGCCUGGAUGAAGACCAGAGAGACUGAAUGGGCGCCGUGGCUUUCGAACCAGUCUGUCGAUGCCUACUGCCGCGACGAGAUCAUGCCAGUGGGCGCCGAAAUGGACAACGUCGCGUUGCAGGCUCUGAAAGAUGUCUUGCUGUCUCCAGCUGGAAUUCGCUUGGAGGUUCUCUACCUCGAUCGCAGUGAGGGGAGCGAGGUCACGAUGCAUCGAUUUGAUCCUGUCGCUGCCGGAGGUUUCACGCUCGGCAGCGUGCGUCUAUUGUACAGACCUGGCCACUACGAUAUACUGUACAAGCAAGAAGAUCUCCCGGCACCAACUCCUGCGCCCGCUGUCGUACCAACGUACUUGCAGUACAGCAGCCAGCCAUUUUACGAGCCCGCAUCGGAUCUCAAUUUCUCGGCUAUGCCGGACUUUAUGACACUGCUGCCAGGCAUGUCGUACGCCAACCAAGCUCCCUUCUGUGGUGGCGUGCCAUCGAGUUACGACUCGUACGAGUCUGCCUCGGAGUUUGGCUUCGACACCAACAGCAAAGCUCCGGUGCUCUCCUGUACGCCCACGCCAUCUGCACCGGCUCCUCAGUCGCAUGUACAAUCGCAGCCAAUGUGCGCAUCUGCGAGCACUCCGGUCCAGAUGGUAGCACCCCCAUCCCAGCUGACACAUGACAUUGAUGUACGAACCGUUCCUCAGCUCGGUCACGCAGAAUUUGGUGCUGGGCCCUUCCGUCCAUCCCGACAUACGUUCGAUUCGGCCUUCAUGUCAGGAUCGCAGCAUUUCCAGACCUCAAUCUUCAGAAACUCGCACUACAACAAUGCUCACUUCAACAACCCACACUUCCAGCCUGAACAGUGGAAUCCCGAUUGCGAAUAUGCCACGGCCAGCAGCAGCAGCGGCGGCAAAAGUUCGCGACACAAGAACAGCGGAUGACCACGUACAACAUCCACCCACCAUCCGAGUAACCUGUGCAGCUCCCCGAGUUGCCGUCCUUGCUCGUGGUCGUGCACCCUAGAAUCUGGGUACGUCUAGGGUCCGUGUACGUACCAGGUGCCACGAAUGUCACACGACUGUGACGGUAGUGUGCAUUAGCUCUCAUCUCUCCACCUCCCACCGAAACAACAUCAACCAAUCGACAUAUCGAACCGACCUGCGACGCUCCUUACCCCUAACGACCGGGUGACGACGACUUACGACCAAAGACUUAUCACCUCAGGGUAACCUAGCUAGUAGGAUUACACACUCAAGCAUAUUUAUCUCUCCGUAUCGGAUACUCUUUGACCUAAUACACUGCGUACAGUAGCAGCGAGGGAAACCGGGAUCGGAUGGAACGACUGGCGGUGUUACGGCAGUGGCUUGCUGUCGCCGCAGCGGCCUCCAAGGCACAGAAAGCCUAGGGCCGUGAGGGGUCACUGCUUGCGCCAUGCGUUAGAUGGCGCAUAGUGAAAGGGGUCCCUUCGCUGGAGACUAGGAAAGGUAUGGCUACUGGCAUGAAAGGAGGGGUAGGCCCUUCGAGCUGGAGAGCGCGGAGAUUUCUCGUUUUAAUUGUCUUGUAUUCGGUCCGGGCGUGACGACCAGAGAUAUGGAAGAAUAUUGGUAGAUGGCAGGAAUAACCAUAGACACACUCAUUUCGAUGACUCGCAUGCUGAUGCGCCC